GGUGACAAGCCCGGCUGGGUGGUGGCCUCCAGGGGCUGGAGCCUGCUGGUGUACAGGCAGCGGGAGGCUGGAAGGGACCAGGUUGUUUGGAGAGAUGCCGGGGCAUCUGGGGUCCUGGGGGGUUUGGGCUGGCAGGGGCCUGGCCCAGAGGCAGGCAGGAGUACCACCCCCUGGCUGCCUCCCCCUGGUAGUGGACUGGGCACAGGGGCAGACAAGGGUCUUCUAGUGGGUGAAGGAGGCUGAGCCGGCAGGUAGUGAGUGCUCUGUGGGUGAGGAUGGACAGAGCAGGAAUGGGGUGGGGGUGGGGACAGUGUUUCGGAUGUCGGGGAUCGACCAGGCUGGUAGGGUGUGAAUCAUAGUGGGCGCUGUGCUCCCCGCAAUGACCUCUUUAUGCUCCUGGGGGAGGAGCCGGACUCCUGGGUCCCAGUUCCUGGUCUUGCCAACCAACCCACCAUGGGCCCAGCGCCAUCUAGUUUGUGGCCCCGAGGCUGUCCGCCCUUCUUCCAGAGUCGGUUGGUAUUUCGGGAUGUCUCCUUCUUUCCUGACACGAGGGUGGGAGCGUUUGGAAACGGGUCUGGGGCCGGAAAGUAUUAGUGAUGUCCCCGUGCCCCCUGGGCCUCUCCCUCUGUGUCCCUUAUCUCGGUCCCUAUCUCAGAGAGCAGAGCUGGGGGUGUGUGAGGGGGUGUGGGGGCUGUACCCCAUCCCAAUCUAAUCACCUUCCUAGUUCUCACUGCUGCCUCCUUGUCUGCGCCUGCAUUUACCACCUUCCCCCCCCCCCCCCCCCCCCCCCCCAAGCUGAGAGCAAGACCCAGUAUUGUCCCAGGUCUGCGGAGGCGAGGAGAGGAGAGGAAACAUGCAUGUAUCAUAGCACAGGGGGAAGAGGACUUCCUACAGCGGGGCUGCCAGAGCUGGCUGGCGAUGGGGCUGCCAUGCCUCCUCUCCAGCUGCCCCUGGGCCCGAGAGAUGGGUGCUCUUCCGGGCGCCCCCUCCCCUGGCAGGGGCCGCGGACGCUGCUGCUGCACAAAAGCCUCCAGGAUGGCUUUGGCUUCACCCUGCGCCACUUCAUCGUGUACCCACCCGAGUCCGCCGUGCACUGCAGCCUGAAGGAGGAAGAGAAUGGAGGCCGAGGAGGAGGACCCUCCCCCCGGCACCGCCUGGAGCCCAUGGAUACCAUCUUUGUCAAGAAUGUGAAGGAUGAGGGCCCUGCCCACAGGGCGGGGCUUCGCACAGGAGACCGGCUGGUGAAGGUGAAUGGGGAGAGUGUCAUUGGGAAGACCUACUCCCAGGUCAUAGCUCUGAUCCAGAACAGCGAUGAUGCUCUGGAGCUCUCCAUCAUGCCCAGGGACGAGGACAUCCUCCAGCUGGCCUACUCGCAGGAUGCCUACCUGAAAGGGAACGAGCCGUAUUCUGGAGAGGCCCAGAGCAUCCCAGAGCCGCCCCCCAUCUGCUACCAUCGGAAGACUUAUGCCCCGCCAGCCCGGGUCUCUACCUGGGCCAGUAUGGUGCCUGAGCCCCACUCAGCACUGCCCAGUGACCCCCGGAGUCCUGCUGCCUGGAGUGACCCGGGGCCCCGCGUCCCAUCUACUGCCCGCACCCAUUCAGACAACCCUUCUUUGGGGAUGAGCCAGCCCCGCCCCAGCCCUGGUGCCUUCCCCCACCUUCCCUCAGAGCCCCGGACACCCCGUGCCUUCCCGGAGCCUGGCAGCCGGGUGCUCCCCAGCAAACUGGAGUGCCAGCAGGCCUUGUCACACUGGCUGUCCAACCAGGUCCCCCGCCGGGCGGGGGAGAGACGGUGCCACGCCAUGCCCCCUCGGGUCCGCAGUGCCUCCCAGGACCGGUUAGAGGAUAUGACUGCCCGCCACCCGUGGCCCUGUUCCACCUCCCAGGGUGCCUUGAGCCAGCUGGGCCAGGAGGGCUGGCACCGAGCUCGCUCAGACGACUACCUGAGCCGGACCACCCACUCAGCUGAGGCACUGGGGCCAGGGGCCCUGGUGUCACCCCGAUUCGAGCGCUGUGGCUGGACUUCCCAGCGUCCAUCGGCCCGCACUCCAGCCUGCCCAUCCAGAGACCUCUCCGGGCCCCAGGCUCCACCCCCACCUGGUCUGCAGGGCCUGGACGACAUGGGUUACAUUGGGUACCGGAGCUACAGCCCAUCAUUCCAGCGCCGGACUGGCCUCCUGCACGCACUCUCCUUUCGGGACUCACCCUUUGGAGGACUGCCUACCUUCAACUUGGCCCAGUCCUCUGCACCGUUCCUGCCAGAGGCCUCUGAACCACCCAGGGUUGGUCGGCCAGAACCCAGUCCCCGGGCCCUGGAGCCUCCCGCUGAGGAUCAUCGAGAUGAGGUGGUCCUGAGGCAGAAGCCGCCAACGGGCCGCAAGGUCCAGCUCCCCCCUGCAAGACAGAUGAACCGUGGAUUUGGUGACGAGUCCCCAGAGCCAGAGACCAGUGGGCGAGGGGAACGCCCGGGCAGGAAGGUGGCCCCUUUGGCCACUACAGAAGACUCUCUGGCUUCCAUCCCCUUCAUUGAUGAGCCCACCAGCCCCAGCAUUGACCUACAAGCCAAGCACGUCCCCGCCUCUGCUGUGGUCUCCAGUGCCAUGAACUCGGCUCCCGUCCUGGGCACCAGCCCAUCCUCCCCCACCUUCACCUUUGCCCUCGGCCGCCAUUACUCCAAGGACUGCAGCAGCAUCAAGGCCGGCCGCCGCUCCUCCUACCUGCUGGCCAUCACCACGGAGCGCUCCAAGUCCUGCGAUGACGGGCUCAACACCUUCCGGGACGAGGGCAAGGCUCUUCGGCGCCUGCCAAACCGAGUCCCCAGCUUGCGGAUGCUCCGAAGCUUCUUUACUGACGGGUCCUUGGAUAGCUGGGGCACUUCCGAAGAGGCUGACGCUCCUUCUAAGCGACACUCAACCUCUGACCUCUCGGACACAACCCUCAGCGAUAUCAGGAGAGAAGGCUGGUUGUAUUAUAAGCAGGUCCUCACCAACAAGGGGAAGAAAGCGGGCGGCGGCCUGCGCCAGUGGAAGCGGGUGUAUGCCGCGCUGCGGGACGAGGCGGCGCCCGUCUGCAUCGGCUCCUGCCUGGUGGACAUCUCCUACAGCGAGACCAAGAGGAGGCACGUGUUCCGGCUGACCACCGCUGACUUCUGUGAAUAUCUCUUUCAGGCUGAGGACCGGGAUGACAUGCUGGGCUGGAUCAGAGCGAUCCGAGAGAACAGCAGGGCCGAGGGCGAGGACCCCGGCUGUGCCAACCAAGCUCUGAUCAGCAAGAAGCUUAAUGAUUACCGAAAAGUGAGCCAUAGCUCUGGGCCCAAAGCUGAUUCCUCCCCAAAAGGCUCUCGGGGCCUGGGGGGCCUCAAGUCUGAGUUCCUCAAGCAGAGUGCAGCGCGUGGAGUCAGGACUCAGGACCAGCCUGCAGGGAGCAAGGAUGACAGUGUUGCUGCCCCCAAAAGCCCCUGGGGCAUUAACAUCAUCAAGAAGAAUAAGAAGGCAGCCCCCAGGGCAUUCGGGAUCCGGCUGGAAGAGUGCCAGCCAGCCACGGAGAACCAGCAUGUCCCCCUGAUCGUGGCUGCAUGCUGUCGCAUCGUGGAGGCACGAGGGCUGGAGUCCACGGGCAUUUACCGAGUGCCCGGCAACAACGCAGUGGUGUCCAGCCUGCAGGAGCAGCUCAACCGCGGGCCCAGUGACAUCAACCUGCAAGAUGAGCGCUGGCAAGACCUCAACGUGAUCAGCAGCCUGCUCAAGUCCUUCUUCCGAAAGCUACCUGAGCCUCUUUUCACUGAUGACAAAUACAACGACUUCAUCGAAGCCAAUCGCAUUGAAGACUCGAGGGAGCGAUUGAAAACGCUGCGGAAACUGAUCAGGGACCUCCCAGGACACUACUAUGAGACACUGAAAUUCCUCGUGGGCCAUCUGAAGACCAUCGCUGACCACUCGGAGAAAAACAAGAUGGAGCCCCGGAACCUGGCCCUGGUCUUCGGGCCGACGCUGGUGAGGACGUCUGAGGACAACAUGGCGGACAUGGUGACGCAUAUGCCCGACCGAUACAAGAUCGUGGAGACGCUGAUCCAGCAUUCAGACUGGUUCUUCAGUGAUGACGAGGACAAGGGAGAGAGAACCCCUGUGGAUGACAAGGAGCCUCAGUCAGUGCCCAACAUCGAGUAUCUCCUGCCCAACAUUGGCAGGACAGUGCCCCCUGGCGACCCAGGUCCGGAUCCCACCACCUGUAGUUCAGCCAAGUCCAAGUUGGCAUGAGAGGGUAAUUUGGUCAGAUGGUCCUCCUGGCCUCUCAAGUUUCUGAGAAAAUGGCCAAGACAGAACGCGGCACUGGCCACCAGGUGCCUCGGACCGAUCAUCGCAGUGCUGCCAUGUCGCAGAACCCCAGGGGUGCCUUCUGGAGCCGUGCAGUGUGGGCAGCCAUGGCCCAGGACCAUGUGCCUGUGAGUCCCGAAUCCCCGACAUGCUCCGGCUUCCUUAGAACUAACUGAUGUGAGAGAGAAUGCGUAGGACGCAGUGGCCACGCCGCCAUCUCCGUGUCUCCACUCAUUGUUACACUGUGGCCUGUGAGGAGGUGAACAGGGGCAUGUCAUUGCAGCCAGCAGGGGGAUCACUCCCAGCAUCUGCUUCUGCAGGGCUUCCUAUGUUGAGGGAACUCCACUCACCCAUUUGCUCAUUCACUUAACAUUUAUUAUUUGUUGAGCACCUACUAUGGGCCAGGCGUCAUGGAUGCAAGCACAAACAAGCCAGAGACCUAGCCUGCUCUCAAAGAACUCAGAAUUUGAUAUAGAUGAUGUGGAAACAAAGCUAUUCUGAUGUGAAAAGAGCCGGUACAGAUGUAUCUUCAAAGGGCUAUGGCAGGGAUAGGGAACGGCCCACCCAUGGGCUGUAUAAGGCCCGCAAAAUCAUUUGGUCUGGCCCUGCCAAGGCAUU